AUGGUAAGGAAAUAUGAUGGAGGCUGGAGAAUGUGUGUUGACUUCACUGACAUCAACAAAGCUUGUCCUAAGGACUGUUAUCCACUUCCGGAAAUCGAUUGGAAGGUAGAGUCUCUCGUAGGCUUCCGCUUAAAAUGUUUUUUAGACGCUUACAAAGGCUAUCAUCAAAUUCAAAUGCACCUGGAUGAUGAGGACAAAACAGCUUUUUACAUGUCGGAAGGGAUUUUUUGUUACAAAAGAAUGCCAUUUGGUUUAAAAAACGCAGGGGCAACAUACCAAAGAUUGGUAGAUAGGGCAUUUGGAAGGCAAAUAGGGAGAAACUUGGAAGUUUAUGUAAAUGAUAUGGUAAUAAAAAGCAGAAGCGAAGAGGAUAUGUUUGUAGACAUUGAAGAAACGUUCAAGACGCUCCGCUCCAUCAACAUGAAGUUAAAUCCUAAAAAAUGUUCUUUUGGAGUCGAAGAGGGCCAAUUUUUGGGGCAUAUGAUUACAAAAGAAGGAUUUCGAGCUGAUCCAGAAAAGGUUAAGGAUAUUCAAAGUAUGAAGCCUCCGCAGGCUCUCAAGGAGAUUCAAAGCCUCAAUGGCAAGCUCGCAGCCCUCCAUCGUUUUUUGUCCAAGUCAGCAGAUAAAUCCCUCCCUUUUUUCCAUACCCUUAAAGGUUGUCUGGAAAAGCAAAAUUUCAAGUGGACGGAGGGAGCGCAAAAAGCUUUCACGGAGUUAAAAGAUUAUCUUUGCCAACUGCCAACCAAGACGGCCCCAAUUCCUGGAGAAACUCUCCAAAUGUACUUAGCAGCUUCCGAAGAAACCAUAAGCGCAGUGCUAAUAGCAAGUAGGAAAGGAACUCAACAGCCAAUAUACUAUGUAAGCAGGGUUUUGCAGACUCCGGAAAUGAGAUAUCCUGAAAUUGAAAAGUUGACCCUUGCUUUAGUACACGCAGCCCAAAGGCUACGACGCUAUUUUCAAGCACAUCCCAUUCAGGUGCUAACGGACAAACCCAUUAAGCAAGUCUUAACAAGGCCGGAGGUUUCGGGGAGAUUGGCAAAGUGGGCAGUGGAACUAGGAGAACACGAGAUUGAGUUCAAGCCCAGAAGUGCAAUUAAAGGCCAAAUAUUAGCAUACUUCCUGGCAGAAGUUCCGGUAACCAAAACACAAAAUAAGAGAAAGAUCCUACAAGAUGCAAAAUCGGAAGAGUCGGAGGAGGCACCUGUGUCAGAAACUUGGAAACUUUUCACCGACGGAGCCUCCAGCAUGGAUGGCUCCGGAGCAGGGCUCAUUUUGACAAACCCGGAAGGACAUGAAUUCACUUAUGCUCUCCGUUUUGAUUUCAAGGCCUCAAACAACGCUGCAGAAUUCACUGAAGCACUUUUGGCGGGACUACGAAUUGCAAGACAAAUGAAAGUUGAGCAUAUCCAUGUUUGCGUAGACUCCCAAAUAGUGGCCUUUCAGGUAGAUGGGACGUAUGAGGCAAAAGAUCCAGCAAUGAAGAAAUAUUUGGAAAAGGUAAGGCAAAUAAGGAAAAAUUUUAAAACAUUCCGGAUACAAAACAUUAGCCGAAGCCGUAACAAAAUUGCUGAUGCUUUAAGCAAACUAGCCUCCACCUCCUUCACCCAUCUAACCAAAGAGGUACUUGUUGAAACCCUACCAAAAAGCUCUAUGGAAGAAGAAGUCAUGGUGGCACUUGUUGAAGAGGAGGACCAAAAUUGGACAACCCCGAUAAUCGAGUAUUUGACAAGUGGUAUACUGCCAGCAAACAAAGACGAGGCAAGGAAAGUUAGGAUCAAAGCUCCGCAAUAUAUUCUCCGAGAGGAAGGACUUUAUCGAAAAUCUUAUCUGGGACCACUAUUAAGAUGCGUGGGCCCAAAUCAAGCAAAAAUGAUCAUUGAAGAAAUACAUCAAGGAUGCUGCGGAGCCCACACCGGCCCCAGAAUGGUGGUGGCAAAAAUUACAAAAAUGGUUCCGAAGGCUCCGAAGCAUGAACUCAUUCCGGUAACGGCGGCAUGGCCUUUCUCUAAAUGGGGCAUUAACAUAGUCGGACCCUUUCCGCAGGCUCCGGGGCGUGUAAAGUUUUUGGUUGUAGCAGUGGACUACUUCACAAAAUGGAUUGAAGCCAAACCUUUGGUCACGAUUUCAGGUAAACAAAUGGAAAAAUUCGUAUGGGAACAAGUGGUGACACGAUUCGGAAUACCUCAAGUCAUAAUCAGUGACAAUGGAAAACAAUUCAGCCAAGGAAUUUUCCCACAAUUUUGCAAAAAUCUGGAAAUUCAACAACGCUUUACAUCCGUAGCCCACCCACAAGCCAACGGACAAGUCGAAGCCAUGAACAAACAGAUUGUCCACGGAAUCAAGACAAGGUUUGGAAGAUGCCAAAAUGGAUGGCUGGACGGGCUGCAUCAAGUAUUAGGGGCCCUACGCAUGACGCCAAAAACAAGUAACGGGGAAACCCCAUUCAGCCUUGUGUGCCAACCAUUCACAGAUUCAACGGUGAAAAAGAAAAUGAAGAACAACUUCGACAAAACUUACAUGUGCUUGAAGAAAGGAGAUAAAAAACUUCGAUUAGGGAAGCAACUUACAAGGCACAAAUAA